AUGCCGCUGACAUCCGAAGUCUCGGACCAGAUCCGGGCGAUUUUGGAUCGCAGCAAAAGCGGCGACUUUUUGGUUAAGUCCGUGCAGGAGCUGUUUGGUGUGCUUCGGCAAGCUGGUCUCAUGAGCACCAUGACUCUUCCCCCGCUGUCUGUAGGGGUUCAUCCCCAGAACAGAGACGGCAUCAUGCUGCACCAGAAGGAUUGUCAUGAGCUAUUGGAUUCAAUAGCACAAGUAGGAUUCGUGGCGAGCCGAGUCGAAGCCAUCGGUGUGGAGGUGUGCAGCGAGUCCGAGAGGGACUACAAUGUGAAGCUUUGCACGGCAGCGGCCGGCAAGCUUGGUUCCAUGGACCCCGAUGCCCUCAAGAUCCUCAGUCUGAGUGCAAGUCACACCAACUUUGCACUCAGGCUUGUAGCCAGUGCAGCACCGCACGAAUCGGAAUCCUUGUCGGUCAACGGCAUCCUGAGCCUCGAACAAGUUCGUCUGCGGGAUCCCGUGUUGGCCCAACAUGUUGUGCAGGGACUGACCUGGCAAGUGAUUGCCAAGGGGGUGAAGAAGAUGGCAUUGAGCUCGAAGCCACCGUGUGCGGAGACAUUUCCGGCUUUGUACACAUUUGCUCUUCGGUAUUGCGGCGGCUCCGAUGGCCGAUUUCUCCGCGAAACGGAGCAGUUCGUUCGGACUUCGGGGCAGACCCGGUCGUUGGGUCUCGGCUUUUGGCAGCUGCUCGCCCAAGACUACAUGAAGGGGCAGCAGCAGCUUGUGCACAUGAGACAUGCCAUCCUCAAACUCGGGUUGUCUGGUGGUGGUUUGACACAGAGCAAUGCCAAGAAGAUGUACUCCCGGGAGUGCAGCCCCAAGAUCUUGGAAGGAGACCGUGUUCUCAUGCAGCUUCGCGAACUCGUCUCUAAUGCAGGCAUUGACAUCUUGCAGGAUGUCCGAUUCAUCAACAUUCUCGGCAUUGUGGAUAUGACGGUGGCCAGGUUUUGCCUCGGAAUUCAGGCUGCAGAGGACGGCAAGGACUACAAGAGCAUCCAAGGCAUUGCUCACGAUGCCACCUUGCUCUUCGGAACCUUAGGGGUGCAGUUGACUUCUCCAUGGCAAAGUUCUGCCGAAGCAGCGAAGGGAGCCCAAUCGUCGAAUUCGCAGGCCCUUGAAAGAAUGAGGGAACUUAAUUCCGAUGGUUCCCUCAGGAAUGCAUCGGAACUUCUUGCAGACAAGGGUUUCACAUUGCAGGCAUUCGUGCGGCGAAGGGCCGACAAGUUGGAAUGCCGAAUCGAUGGAAUCCACGGCCAGCAGAUCCAUUUGGUCGAGCUUAAGAAUAAGGGAGUCAUGAAAGUGCCACUCGAACAGUUCCUGGCUGGGACAUGGGUUACAUUCCAGCCGAGGAGUGAGCCUGAGAUCAUCGAGGACCUAAGUGUCUUCAUGCCGUCCGAGUGCUACGACUUCCAAGCAGCUGUGGUCGUCGCAUGCAUUCAGCAGGAAUUGGCGACAUUGACCGAGAAUCACAAGAAUAUCCUGUCGCAGCUAUCCAUGCAGCUCAAGCCGACGAAGGCCCUCGUGACCACUGAAAAGUUCAAAGCCGGGCAGCUCGUUCUGGUCCCGUCUUCCUUCAAGAUCGUGCAGAGGCUGAAAUCCCAGGGAGAUUUGCCGAAUGCUGUGAAGGCCCAGGUUGAUUGGAAGCUGGAUGACCGGCAAUUCUGGAUCACGGCAUGCAACAGCCUUCCCAAGGUUGAUGAAGCUUUCGAACCUGGGAAGCAUUGCAUGGCACCGUUUUUUGCCGUGCCGACUUCGGAGGAUAACGAUUCUGUGAACCUCGUGAUGUCCAUGGCAAGCUCGAAGGAGUCGAAGGUAAAGAUCCCCGUUUUGAAAAACACCCAUGCAAUCGCCAAAGGCACAUCUUUGCUGCAGGCCCCCAUCAAGAAGGACAACAAGAGGGAGCACUUGGAGAUGCCGGUGCCCGUCAAGCGGGUGAAAGGCAAGCAGUGA